UCGUUUUUCUGUUUGCUGAGGAGGAAUGUGUGAAGGUCCGCUCUCGGUGUGAUGAAGACGCUGUAGUGAAGCCACAAACGGUCUCCAUCUGAUGACUUCACAGCCACCUGACGGGCCAAAAUAACCAUCCCCUCUUUCUGAGCGAAGGGAUUUUAUUGUUUCGUCUAGCCCAAAGUGUUUGUAUCUGGCUAAAUGAUGUAGUUUGCCACCCAAAUUGGCUUAAAUUUGAGGAGUUCCAGGCUGCUGCCAGUCCUGUUUAGCCCUGGCAGAAAGCCGCGGUAGCUUUCCCUGAGAGAGGAAGUCGACUUUUCCCCCAGACCUCGAGGCACACCAUUCAAAAGGAAGACUGGAUGAAGGCCCUGUCUCGAGGAGGAGAGCAGGACUUGGCUUCAGACAGCAGCGUGUGAAGUCUGUAGGCUGCUUGGAUCUUCUUCACCCCUUCCCGAGCUUGUCAACAUACCUAAAAGACUUGCAUUUGACCAGCUGACAGCCACUUUGUUGGACAUGUGGAUGCAGCUUACGGGGUUUUUGUGCCUGUUUUGGAAAACCAACUAGUUGUGAGACUCAGCUCAGGGGGCCCAGCCAUGGAGGGGCUUGAGCAGCUCGACAUGGUGGGCGAUAUCAGCCCGGCUCUUGAGGCCACUGAGGACUUCAUCCACUGCAUGGACGGGAUACAAGGCCCAAGCCAAGCUCAAACUGGGAACCUCCAGCCGUCCAGGCAGCCUAAGCAGCUGCAGGAGGUGUCCAGUGCUGCGCUGGGGAAGCUGAGCUCCAGCGGUGUGUGGGGCCUUCUCGCUAGAGAGCAGCCUGAGGUGGGGCCCCUUGGUCUGGCCUGGGCUGACAACUUCAGCGUGUUGGGGCUGGGGAUGGGCUUGAGGCACGGCAAGAGAAGCCGAGCACGCUCCACCAAUGACCUGGCAGCCCAUAGCAAGGACUGCACCAACAACGCCGCUAACUCCUCGUCCAACUCGGCCUUCAAGAAGGGACACAACCGGUCCAGGUCAGAUGUCAACUACCGGCCGUCUGCAUACACAGACAACGGACUGCCCACUGUGGACUGCAACACUCUGAAGAACAUGAUCCUCAACCACCAGCCAGAGGCUGAUAAAAGCAGCAGCAGCAGCAGCGUGGUGAAGCAGGGUGAGAUGGAGCAGCGUGAAGGGCCCCGGGGCCGCUGGACGCCUUGCCACGUCGAGCUUACACCCUGUGAGCUCCGGCUGUACACUCUGGACAGCAGCGCCAACCGCCAGCUGGGCACCGCCUACUCUCUGUCACACUGCCAGAGCGUCAUCUCACCAGCACCCUGCAGCCAGCCUGGCCAGAUCACCCAGCCCGCCGAUCAACGCACGCUUCAGGCUUUGUUCUUCAACAGCACGCGUCUCCAGCUUAGGGCGGCCAGCCAAUGGGAAGCCGUGGAGUGGAGACGGCUGAUCCUGGAGAAAGUGCAGGCAGCCAGACCUGUGAGGAAGGAGAACCACCAGCGUAAGACGGGAGCGGAAAAACAACAGAUCGUCAAGUUUCCCGCGCCCAUGUCUCCUUCUUCAUCGCCCUCUCCUUCAGGGCUCGACACCAGGCCUGAUGGUGACAGCGACACCCCCACCUCAGCAGAGGCGUCACUCUCUCUCCAGUCUAAUUCUGGCAUCCUGAGCAGACCCACCACCCUGCCGCUGUUCACCCAGCGCUGCCAGGAUGUCCUCAAAGCUGGUGUGCUCCACCAGCUGGUGGAUCAGAACAACUGGCGGGCCUUCACCUUCGUCCUGAGCAGAUCUGCUCUCCGGGCCUUCCCUACCGAGGGCCGUGGGUCUGUGUCCCAGCCUGUCCUCCACUAUUCCCUGGCCUCCUGCUUGGCCGUGCAGCAUGAUCAGGAGCCAGAGAACGGAGAGCCAUGGACAGAUAGUGGGGACUGCUUCCAGGUCGUUUUCCCCAAAGAUGUGCUCAGACUUCGGGCCGACGAUCAGCUCAAGGCCCAGGAGUGGAUGGAGGCCCUGCGGGAGGCGGUCGCAGCACAGAGACCGGCCCAAGAAGAAGUGGUGGAGUCAGUAGAAGGAGCUCCAGCCCUGCAGGGAGUGCUGUUGAGAUCGAAACCAUCCAGAGAGAGGAGGCAGCGGGAGGCCCAGAGAGCCAAGAGGCAGUCAGUCACCACCAGUUUCCUCAGUAUUCUCACCUGUCUGGCUGUGGAGAAGGGGCUGACGGCUCAGAGCUUCAGGUGUGCAGGUUGUCAGCGUCCAGUCGGCCUCUCCAGAGGAAAGGCGAAGGUCUGCUACUACAGCGGCUGGUACUACUGUCAGAGCUGCCAUCAGGACAACUCCUUCCUCAUCCCAGCACGCCUGCUGCACAACUGGGACACCAGCAAGCACAAGGUGUCUAAGCAGGCCAAGGAGUUCCUGGAGUUUGUGUACGAGGAGCCCCUGCUGGACGUCCAGCAGCUCAACCCCUGUCUGUACGAGCACUGUGAGCCCCUCAGCACCGUGCUGCGCCUCCGCCAGCAGCUCCAGUCGCUGCGCGCUUACCUGUUCAGCUGCCGAGCAACCGUCGCCGAGGACCUCAGGCGAAGGAUCUUCCCCAGAGAAUACCUGCUGCAGCACAUUCACCUGUACUCCAUGGCUGACCUGCAGCAGGUGAUUGAUGGAAAACUGGCUCCUUUCCUGUCCAAGGUGAUAAAGUUUGCCAGCUCCCAUGUUUUCAGCUGCAGCUUGUGUCGAGAGAAAGGCUUCAUCUGUGAGCUCUGCCAGAACGGACAGGUCAUCUACCCCUUCCAGGAGAGCGCCACCAAGAGGUGUGACGGUUGUGGCGCCGUGUUUCACACCGAAUGUCGACAGAAAGCCCAGCCGUGCCCUCGCUGCGUUCGCCGAGAGCUCCACCACAAGAGGCCGUCCUCCUUCUGGUCACCUGACGACGACAGUCCCGGCUGCUUUCACUUGCCGUACCAAGACACCUGAGACACAGAAACACCAAAGCAGUAACAGUCAGUGUGCUGCCAGGCCGCCACGCUGGACAAAGUGUCUGUUCUUCUGAUUCGUGUGUGUCUGCGGGAUAAUUCAGAGCAUCGUCACGUUUGUAAUGUGUGUGCACCUGCUAACACACACACACACACACACACCUGAGCAAAGCCCUCUUUGUCCUGCUGUCAAGAGCAGCGAGAAAACCAACUCAAGAUCUGCUGCUCCCGACUUCACAGACUGAGCUGCUUGUAUUUUGUAGUCAAACAUCACACGUCGAGGUCAUCCUCCGCCUCUUCCCCAAAUCACAACCUUCACUUAUUCCAGAUCACAGCUGAUAAACUGGACGCAUUCACAGUAACGGUUGGAGCAGUUCGGAGGUUUGUCCUAACCAACGUCUUCCAGCACAAGUUUAAUAAUGAAACAUUUAUUCAAUGGACAACAUAUUAAUCGACAACUUUUGCAGCUGAUUAAUCAUUUAUCCAAAAGGCAUUCUCCGGUUCCAACCUCUCAAAUGUGAAGAUUUGCUGGUUGUUUUUUGGUUUUUGACUGUUGGUCAAACAGAACAAGUAAACUGAAAAUGUCUCUUUGGCCUUCGGGAACAUGUGACUUUUUGUUUUGUCUUUGUUUACAGACUAAAUUAUUGACAAAAGCUGAUGAGUAUAGCAUUGAAAUAAUCAUUAUUUGUGGCUUUACUCAUGUUGAAGUGAAGCUAACGCACUGUAGCCGUGAAAGGUGGCUGUAAAAAGUCUGCAGUUUUAUUCUUCACAGAGAAAAGCAGCUGUAUUCAGCUUGGAUUCAGGUGAUGUUAAAAUAGUGGAAUAUUAAAGGAUAAGUUUCCGUGUUUGCAAGUCCGUGUUAAAACAAACGUGUCCUCAUAUGAGCAUUGAAAGUUUUGCAUACUAUAAUAAUCCCUCUGGCUCGUAAAGGCAAUUAAAAAGAUCCCUUUCUAAAUUGAUUUCAGUGUAACUUUAUAUUAGAUUUCAGGACUUUUAGCUCGUCAAAUCAAGUUUAGUUUAAAAUUUUAAAAAUUUGAAAUUUCUUUAUUUUACCGUCCCUCUGCCUCAGCUCAGCUGGGAACCGAAAAAGAGAGUUUUGUACAAAAAACACUCGAACUUUGGAAUAUAUCCACACGAUUUGUCAAAAGUCUCAAACUUUAUAAUGAAGACUGGAUUUUUAACCCCAUCACUUACAUUAAAUUUGAAAUUGGGAAAACCUUCAUUUUAAUGGCCAGUAUGAACAGAGGGGAUGAGUACAGCAAACAAAAAACCUUUUCAGUGCACAUGUGGGUUUUGUUUUAAGACAGACUUGAAAAAAAUGUGAAUCUGCCUUUAAUAUGUUGGGAAAAAAUAUUAAAUCAUUGAUAGAAACUUCAAAUAAACGCUGCAGCACAAUCCACUGUUUUACUGCCGUCUUUUUGCUCUCUAUGUUCCAAACAUGUUAUUAUAUUUGCCUCUUCAAAAGCCUGCAAGUUACAAAUCCAAGAAAUCUGUGGACUUUUUUUCAAGUGAUCAAAUUACAGAUUUUUUUUUAACAUUGCGAUAAAUAAAACAUACUUUUGGGCUUUGGGCGCAGAGAGAAAAAAAACGUUAGAAACCGUAAUGGGCUUAUAAUACUAUUUUCCUAAGAUUUGGAGACCAAGUGAAUGAUCCAUUUAUCAGGGAAAAUAAGUGUAUGUGUAAAUUAUAAAGCCCGAGUAAAGCUAGUGAUCAUCAUUCCUAAACUGCGACAUGGUGUGUUUUUGUACAACAAAACUGUUUAUUUUGGAGAAAAUAUUUGUCUUUGGAACAUUUAGAUCAGCGGUUUGGAAGUGGAUUAUGCUGUAGUGACAAUUUCAUAAUUUUCUGAGGACGUUUGAUUAUUUUCUUUGCAACUGCGCUAACUUUGGAGCAUUGAAAUCUGCUGUAACGGAUGAAAUACAAACGUUUUACUGUCAUAUUGAAUCGUGCGGGAGAGUAUCUGAUUAUAAUUUGGGUUUACUUGAAAUUAAGAUUGGGACGUUUUACCAAUAAUAAGAAUAUAAUACAAUAGUCAAUAAUGAUCUCUGAUUGAAGUAAAGUAAUCCCUCUUUUAUCCAAUCUCAUUCUCCUUAAACUGAGUAAUUUAGAUGAGGAAUACAAGAUGUUUUUAACUCACUCACUUUAAAUCAGUGUUCUUUUAAUAAUGUGAAAGACUUUUAACUUGAAAGAGCGUCCGUCAGUCUGUCUGAGCACACGUUUUCUUCCCUCCAUCCGUCGAACUGUAAAAUAACAGAGGCAAUAAUCUACUGUAACUUAUUCUUUCAUUGUUGCCUUUUCCCUCCUCUCCUCCUGCUGUGAUUCUGCUUCCUGGUGUGCUUUAUUCAUGCAGAAUCUAUCAAACAUGAUAGCAGCUUUAGCUUUUAGUAUCUCUAUGCAACCUAGAUGGCCUUUAUGACUCACUGCUUUCAUCUUUAAAGGUCUGGAAACAUGUUCCCUUCACAUUUCACUGCCGAGCCAGCUGCGUUUCCAUCCUGUUCAGAUUUUAGUGAAAAAAUAAAGGUUUGUUUCCAAUAAAUCAGCUUCCUGAGUGCCCGGAAAAACAAGGAAAACAUAAAAUAAUUUAAGAUUUUAUUAAAUUCUGCUUUUCAUUGGUUCACAGUUAGUUGUUAUUUUUCAUUUUGUUGAAGUUUUUGAUUUUUCAGAUCAGUUUUUAUAGUCAGAUACUAUUCGUUUAUUUCUUUCUACAAAAUGCAGUGUUACUGUAAUCAAAAUUUUAAAUUUGGGGGGAAAAAAAGAAAGAAAGAAAAUAAAUGCUGCCUUCACUGAUUGUAAUAAAAACAGGAAGUUUAGCUUUAAACAGAGUCCCAAAAAUUGCCACAAAAUCUAACAGUUUAUAUUUAAAGAUCCCCUCCAGAAAUGUUUUAAGGUGUACAAAAAUGCUCCACUUUGAAUAAGAAAUUGUUUGAUUUAGUUUUUUCAAAGAAAAAGUUAAAUUAUCUUAAUAUAAUUCUUGAAUUAAAUGUACUCCACAUAAAAGAUCUAUAAAUAUGCAAAUAUUGUUGAUUUCAGAAGUUCAGCUGUUUUUUUUUUUUUUUACUUCGGUGUAAAGUCUGUCCUCGGUGAAUGUGCCCUGAAAACUUUAAGUUUUUGCGUCACAAUUGUGUAAAUUAAACGUUGGAUCCAGAUCGGCUUCCAGAUUAUUGGAAAUGUCACAGAUCGUGUUCGCAGACCUGCCUCUUAUGCUGGAUUUUUAAUAAACAGAGAAACUUCAAAGUUCAGCUGUAGAAAUAAUAAAAAAUACACAUUUUGAGUAAAGGAGGACUGUUUGUUUCUAAAAAUCCACAACAGUCUUAAAGAAAAAGGUCUCAUAAUGAAGUCGUGGAUUGCAUCCUUAAAAUUGCCAGAUGUUGUAAUAAUUUGGAUGGAAACGCAGCUGCUGUCUGCUCUUUGCUACGUGUUUUCGCUCCUUUGCGCGGCCGCACUGAUGAUAUCUCAUCUUUUAUGUCUCAUCUGUCCUCUCUUUGUCCUCGUCUUUCCAGCUUCUUUUAGCCAUAAAAACAUGUUAACCUUGAAGGGAAAUAAGCAGUGAGUUUAUUCGUGAAUCUGUAUUUUUGUGAGCAGACUGGCAGUUAUUCAUGUUUAUGAAGCAUGUCGGAUACUGUAGACUAAAACUAAAUAAUCCAGAGUAGUUUCAAAUGUGGCAGGAAAAGUGCACUGAAGUGUCAGCUGACUGCGUUUAUUUUGUUUUGAAAGUCACAGGUAAUAUUACAACAGUUAAAGAUUUAAGUUUUUAUUGACUGCUGCACAAAAAACUGAUGAAAGGGUUGUUAAGCCUUUGGAUGAAGUAUUUUAUUUAUAUUUUGACUGAGAAAAGUUUUAUUUCUUUUGUUUGUUUGUUUACUUACACCAUGCCAUUUGUGACUGCAGAGCCAUGCAGGUGUUUGUGAUCUUUAUUUUUGGUUUUUGUGCACACAGAUUAUUGUUCUGUCAAAGAUUUCAGUACUCCCUACAGAGUAUAAAUAAGUUACAUUUAAGACUUUUAAGACCUUUAAUUCCACUUUAACUUCAGUUUAACACGAAAGUUGAAGGAAAUACACAGAAAUUUACUCUUUACAGCUAAACCCACUGAUGUGAGUUUAAAAUGAUCACUAAGGGGUUCAAUGAUAAUCUCUGUGUUUAGAAACAAAUAAACUAAAGAGCAGGCUGCCAACAAGGCCUUAAUUUAAUGAUGCUCAUUCAUCACAUGAUGUAAACGUGCAGAGAGGCCAAUAAACGGACAUUACAUGUUGUGUCAAAGUCUGAAAGUUCAAUCUGAAUUUAAGAUUUAACAAUUUCAUACUUUUUACGGCCUUUUAUAGGUAAAAUUUAACUCUUUUUUUUCAAGACUGUCCUCCUGUCACCAGUCACUGAUACAAGAGUACAAAUUACUAAAAAUAUGUCUCUUAACAAAUUGUUACCUUGUAAAUCCAUAUUAAAUAUUGUUCAACAGGCAACAUUUGAACCAUAUAUUACUCAGUAUUAUCUCCACACUACGUGCUUCUGAUAAUAUGCCUUUAUUUGUGUCUCCCUGUUGGACGUAUUUGUUACAAUGUGGCUGACGUUUUUAGACUAUUAAUGUUACGCACAUACUAUGACGUAGACUUAAAUAGAGUUCAUAAGGCUAAUUUGUCAGAAAUGAAUUCACGGAGCGUAACAAAACUGUUUGGGACAUUUCAGUAACCUGUGAUAAUGGCGUUCACAAAUAAAAUUGAACUGAAAUGAAUCAUUUCUGUUGCUACAUAAUACUGACGCUCAUACUGACGUGUGCACAAAACAAAAAGGCCCCAAACACCAGCUGGGCUCUGUGGUUUGCCUCCAUGUAGCCACAGUAGCCGACUUGUAAACUUGUGCAUUUGAUCACUUUAAAACUUUUAUUUAUUUGCUUAUUUUGUGCUGUAUUUUCAUCUGUUCAUUUGUUCAUUGUGAGUGCAGUUUUGUGUUUUAGUUCAUUUUUUUGUCUUCUUUCUACAGUUUUUUUUGCCAACUUUAAUUUCGACCUGGAAACAUAAAAAAGUUGAAGGACCUGAAUGAUGUUCCCUGUUUACCCGCUCAGCUGUUAUCAUUUCAUUGUAGUGAAAAAUACGUUGAACUGUAUUUACGGGACUGAAAGCGUUCUUUAUGUUGCAGGCACAUUUCGAUCAUCGCAGUAUGUUUUACUUGACGUGUUUGGAGAAGAAUAUAUUGUACAGUAUUUAAGCAGAGUAACUGGACUGAACUUCUUCUCUCUUUUGCACUUUUUAAGUUAUUGUUUCUUUGUUUUCAAUCAUUGUUUGUUUUCAUCGCAGCCAAACUUCUUAUGCAAAUACAGGGAGUUGAUUUUCAGAUUUGAAUCCUCCUGUCUGGUUCUGUUCAAAUUUGUCCGCUAGCCACUGAUGCCAAUAAAGACAAACUUCUUAAUAGUGAAA